ACCCACGCAGGCUGCAUGCAAGCGAGAUUAGUCUUGAGCUUUUGCGUCCUGAUCGGUACUGUCCGUAAAUCACGAGAAGGUCAGACGGUUUGAGCUACAAGCCGAGAAAACUCGUUUUAAUUAUCAAAACAAAAUGCAUGUUAAUAAGUCUGUUUAAAAACAAGAAGGGGAUCUUCUUUUGCAACAAGAAGGGGUCAUACUUUUUAGAAACCUGUCGAUUCUAUUCUCGCUUUCUGUGAUCCACUGGUUGAUAUGUCUCGUUCACUGUCAAUAUUGCUGGUGGGAGAAGGGAACUUUUCAUUUUCCGCUGCUUUGUGUUGCUUUCCAUCGGAGAUGAGCGUCACAGCCACUUGUCUGCAGCCGCAGGAGGAGGCACUGCGGCAGGAAGGUGCACUCAAUAACAUGCAGAUCAUCAAGGACUCCGGUGGAAGGGUGCUUUUCGAGGUAGACAGCACAAAGCUUGGAGAAUGUGCAUCCCUGCAAGGGCAUCUAUUUGACCGUGUCGUUUUUAACUUUCCACACUGCGGGAGAAAGAGCGGAGUUAAAAAGAACAGACAACUUCUCCAAGAUUUCUUUCUCAGUUGCAUUCAGGUGUUAGCCGAAGAUGGGGAGGUUCACGUUUCCCUCUGUAACGGACAAGGCGGGACGCCGGCCGACCAGCCGAGGCGAGAGCGGCAUAACAGCUGGCAGGUGGUCGCCAUGGCUGCAGAAGCACGCCUCAUCCUCAGUGAUGUCCGCCCUUUCGAAAGUGACAAAUACCAGAUCUACAAAUGCACCGGAUACAGGAGUCAGGAUAAAGGCUUCCAUUUGGAGAAUGCUAUGCUCCAUGUGUUUACUCGUAGCGUUCCCUACAGCUGUCCUCAGGUGUUUAAAAUGGAGGAGUUUGUGGAAGGAGAAAAAAUCCAGUACAACAUACCGUCCGAACUCAGUGACUACAUAUCUCGGGGCUUCCUCACUUCAGAUUCUGUCCAUCCUGUCAAAUUGGUGCAAGAUUUUCUUCUGGAAAGGUUACAGGAAAAGUGGUCAGUCUCCAUGAUGACAGAGACCCUUCCCCUGCUCAUCACAGCCAAACAGUUGCAUUUAGGUUGCCCUGAUAUCGACCACACAUUGUUCUACUGGAUUCACACUUGUCAGAAAGAGCUGGAUUGUGAGGCUUGUACAUCCGCACGUGAGUCGGAGGGUAAGGGAGUGGAUGGAAUAAGGUCAUUGUGCUCUCCUGAUGUUGACCUUGAAGGGGAAACUGCUGUUUAUAUGUUACGGCCCUCGUUACGCCCCCUGAUGGAAGUCGCUAAGACCAGUGUUGAGACAGAAAUGGAAAAAAAAGAUCUUAAAGGAAUUCAUUUGGAUCACGGUGUGGCGAGCUCGCUGGUCGGUGUCAGCGGUCUGGUGUUCCAAAAUGUUCCGGUCAAACACUGGGCUCUGCCUGUCUUCCACGAGCUGCUCUUUACUGGUGUUCUCCAUAAAAAGUACGAGCCUGUAAAAGUUCUUGAGCAGACUUUGGGAACGCUGCUAGCGCCCUAUGGUGUCUCCUUGGUGACCAAGCAGGAAGGUCUGCAUCUGGUUGCACAGCCAAUGGGUUUAAUCGGUAAAGUACUCACAAAUAACACCAGUGACGUCAGUGUGACCGUUUCUUUAAAUCUGGACCUCCUCGCCGUGCUCAUGUUCUCAUUCCCGGACUGGAGGCUGCUCUGGUCACAUGACCCGCGCUUCUCACAGCAGUUUGCCAUAAGACCAACCCCUGGGACACCUUUCGCCACAUAUUCCCUGUACCCUGAGAUCUUCAGCUUUGACAUCAGCUUCUGGACAGAGAUGGCGUGGGAGGAGAAGAAAUUCCACGGGCUGGUCCGUGAGGCCUCCUGCGGGACUGUGGAGCAUGUUAAACUCAUUGAUCAAUUCUCACAUCCGGAUCUGAGCCAGACCAGCUACUGCUACAGGCUGGUUUACCACUCACAUACACAUGCAUUGUCACACACACAAGCCAUCCAAUUCCACAAACGCUUGGAGUCAUUGCUGUCCUCAUGCUUGGAAGUUACAAUUAGGUAGCAGCUAAUAUUACUAAAUUUGGCUGUUAAAUGUGAUUUAUUUUCAGAGUUGUAACUCCCUGCAUAUUAGAAUAUUAAUAUAAGCAAAUGUUGUGUGAAAGUGGUUGGGAAUCUCUGCUCUAAAGCUAUUUUAUAGAAAGAAUGGAAAUAAGAGAAUGUGCCAGUUUCAUAUAUUUAUUAAUCAGUAUUAUUUAAUGUUUGAGUUGUAUGCUCAGCAAGAGACUUUGAGCCAAAAUUAAAAUACGUUGAUGCAUUGUGCAAUAUAUGCAAGAAAACAAAGAGGCUCAUACUGUGUAAUAAACAAUAGAAUCUCAUGUUACAUCCAAAAAUUGUAAAAUGCUCCACACGAUAAUUAAUGCAAGGAGCAAGUGUACACAAUUCAAUGCAUUAUGUAAAAUGCAGUACUGUAUAUAGUCAUGUUUACAAUAA